AUGGCAGACAGCAGCGACGAUGAGCCCAUAACCCUGUCUGCGCACGCCCUCGACGCCCUGCAGGACUUCUACUCCGGCAGGGACGCCCGCGCGAGGCAGUUCGAGGAGCUCAAGGCCGCGGCCGAGGAGCGCGAGGCGGAGGGCAGCGAGAAGGAGGCCGCGCUGGUCUACCCGCUGUCCAUGGAGCUGUUUGGCGAGGACUGGAACAAGUCGCAGUUUUGGUUCUCGGACGAGACGGCGGCCUUGUACGCGAGGCAGCUCCUGGAGGGGGCCACUUCCGAGACCAGUAUCGCCGUCGUGUCGACGCCGAGCGUCUUUGUCGCGCUCAAAAAUAUUCUUCACGACCACCGCUUCGGCGUCUUCUCAGAGUUCCUGUUCUACGACUUUAUGCAGCCCGUCAAGCUCCCGGCCAGCUUGAAAGGCAGCGUAGACCGCUUCAUCAUUGACCCGCCGUUCCUCAGCGACGACUGCCAGACCAAGAUGGCCCUGACCGUAAGGUGGAUGGCCAGGCCGGCCGCAGCGGACGUCAGGGUCAUCGUGUCCACCGGCGAGCGCAUGGAGGGCCUGGUGACCAAGCUGUACCGGGGGUUCGGCAUCAAGACCACGGACUAUGAGCCGGCGCAGGGGCUGAGCAAUGAGUUCUUCACUUACGCUAACUUUGACAGCGAGGCCUGGGGCUGGAGACCGGACAUGCAGGAUCGGUAG